CUUCUUCUUCUUCUUCUUCUUCUUCUUAUUAUUAUUAUUAUUAUUAUUAUUGUGUUGAUUUAACGGUUUUUGGUGCUUGGGAUCUUUACGCACAGUUGGCGCAAUGGUGAACUCGUGUCUCCAACUUAGCGGCUUUGUCUUCAGCUGCCUGGGCUGGGUGGGUAUCGUGAUCGCGACCUCCACCAAUGACUGGGUGACUAUGUGUAAGUACGGUUUGAACACCUGUAAGAAGAUGGAUGAGCUGGGAGGCAAAGGACCGUGGGCGGAGUGCGUCCUCUCCACAGGACUGUACCACUGCGUGUCCCUCACGCAGAUCCUGGAACUGCCAGCGUAUAUCCAGACAACCCGCGCCCUAAUGAUCACAGGCUCGAUCCUUGGCCUCCCAGCUGUGGGGUUCCUCCUCAUGUCCAUGCCGUGCAUCAGCCUUGGCGGGGAGUCCCAGGGCUCCAGGAGCACCUUCUCCAUCCUGGGAGGAGUGCUUAUGCUUAUAGUCGCUGUGUGCGGCUUGGUGUCCACAAUCUGGUUUCCCAUCGGGGCCCACCACGAGCAUGGCCUCAUGUCGUUCGGCUUCUCCCUCUACACCGGCUGGGCAGGCGCCAUCUUCUCCCUGCUGGGCGGCUCCAUCCUCACCUGCUGCUCCUCACAGUUCUCCUCAUCCUCCUCCCGUUCCUAUCAGGACAACAACCGCUUCUACUACUCUAAGCAAAGUGUGAGCAGCCCGCCAGCCGCCUCCUCUGCCAAUCACGCCAAGAGCGCCCACGUCUGAAGGACAGACUCUCAAUCCCAUACAGUGUCAAUCUCACACACACACAC